GUGCGUGAAGACGUUGCGUCGCGGGGCGGGGCGGAGGAGCGUUGUCCGUAGGGCUUCAGCCGUGUGUCCUCGGCCGCCGCCCCCACUGCUGCGCCGUAUCCGCCCCUCUUUUCCCUUUAGAGGGUACAGGCGACAGCCGGGCCCUGGGGUGGCAGCGUAGCCACCAAACGUCUCCGCCAAGCUGUCUCUUCUAGCUGGCGGUUCUUCUCGGCUGGGUCCAGGUCGGGGGGAAAAUGGCGCCGGCGCCCCAAGGCGUCCGGGAGGAGCCGCUGCUGGAUUGUCGGUCCGGACCACUUUCCCGGCUCCUCUUCCUCGCCCAGGCUGUCUUCCUCUUGCUGCCGGCCGCUCGGGCAGGUCUCUGCCCCGCGCCCUGCUCCUGCCGCAUCCCUCUGCUGGACUGCAGUCGCAGGAAACUACCAGCGCCGAGCUGGAGGGCGCUGUCGAGCCCGCUGCCCCCCGACACUGCCAGCCUGGAUUUGAGUCAUAAUCGGUUGUCUAACUGGAACAUCAGCUUGGAGUCUCAAACAUUACAAGAAGUGAAAAUGAAUUAUAAUGAGCUAACAGAAAUCCCAUAUUUUGGAGAACCAACCUCUAAUAUUACUCAACUCUCAUUAAUCCACAAUUUAAUCCCAGAAAUAAAUGCAGAGGCGUUUCAGUUUUACCUUGCUCUCGAGAAUUUAGAUCUCAGUUCAAAUAUAAUAUCAGAAAUCAGGACAUCUUCAUUUCCUCGAAUGCAGCUUAAAUACCUGAAUUUGAGUAAUAAUAGGAUAACCAUCUUGGAGGCUGGUUGCUUUGAUAAUUUAUCUAGUUCCUUACUAGUGGUAAAGUUAAACAGGAACAGAAUCAGCAUGAUUCCACCCAAGAUCUUCAAGCUACCUCACCUCCAGUUCUUGGAACUUAAAAGAAACAAGAUUAAGGUGAUAGAAGGUCUGACAUUCCAAGGGCUUGACUCCUUAAGGUCUUUGAAGAUGCAGCGGAAUGGUAUUAGCAAACUUAAGGAUGGAGCUUUUUUUGGCUUGGAUAACAUGGAAGAAUUAGAACUAGAGCAUAAUAACCUUACAGAAGUGAACAAGGGGUGGUUGUAUGGCUUGCGAAUGUUACAACAGCUCUAUGUGAGCCAGAAUGCUGUUGAAAGAAUCAGCCCUGACGCAUGGGAGUUCUGCCAAAGACUGUCUGAACUUGAUUUGUCCUAUAACCAGUUGACCCGCCUGGAUGAAUCUGCCUUUGUGGGUCUGAGCUUACUGGAGAAACUGAAUUUAGGGGACAACAGAGUCACUCACAUUGCUGAUGGUGUAUUUAGGUUUCUUUCCAAUCUUCAGACACUAAACUUAAGAAACAAUGAAAUUUCAUGGGCCAUAGAAGAUGCUAGUGAAGCGUUUGCAGGACUCACAAGUCUCACUAAAUUGAUCUUACAAGGAAAUCAAAUUAAGUCAAUUACAAAGAAAGCAUUCAUUGGUCUUGAAUCCCUUGAGCAUCUAGAUUUGAACAACAAUGCUAUAAUGUCUAUCCAAGAAAAUGCUUUCUCUCAGACUCGCUUGAAAGAACUGAUUCUGAACACAAGCAGCUUACUCUGUGACUGUCAUUUGAAGUGGUUGCUUCGGUGGCUGGUUGAUAAUAACUUCCAACAUUCUGUGAAUGUAAGCUGUGCACACCCUGAAUGGCUAGCAGGGCAGAGCAUCCUGAAUGUGGAUCUGAAAGAUUUUGUCUGCGAUGAUUUUCUCAAGCCACAGAUAAGAAUGCAUCCUGAAACUACAGUUGCUCUAAGAGGCACGAACGCGACUCUGACAUGCACCGCAGUGAGCAGCAGCGAUUCGCCCACGUCUACUGUGUGGCGCAAAGACAGUGAAAUCUUGUAUGAUGUCGAUGUUGAGAAUUUUGUUCGUUACCAGCAGCAAGCUGGAGAAGCUCUGGAGUAUACGAGUGUCCUACAUCUUUUCAACGUGAAUUUCACAGAUGAAGGAAAAUAUCAGUGCAUUGUUACUAACCACUUUGGUUCUAAUUAUUCUCUUAAAGCCAAACUGACUGUGAAUGAGAUGCCAUCUUUCCUGAAAACCCCAAUGGAUCUAACCAUUCGCACUGGUGCCAUGGCCAGAUUAGAGUGUGCUGCAGAGGGGCACCCUGCACCUCAGAUUUCCUGGCAGAAAGAUGGUGGUACUGACUUUCCUGCGGCUCGAGAAAGGCGCAUGCAUGUCAUGCCCGAAGAUGACGUCUUCUUCAUUGCCAACGUGAAAAUAGAAGACAUGGGAAUCUAUAGCUGCAUGGCACAAAACAGAGCAGGAGGCCUCUCAGCAAAUGCCUCACUCACAGUAUUGGAGACACCCUCAUUUAUCAGACCCCUGGAGGACAAGACAGUAACCCGAGGUGAAACUGCGGUAUUACAGUGCAUAGCGGGAGGAAGUCCUGCUCCUCGCCUCAACUGGACCAAAGAUGAUGGGCCACUGCUGGUGACAGAACGGCACUUCUUUGCUGCAGCCAACCAGCUUCUCAUCAUUGUAGAUGCUGGCCUGGAAGAUGCUGGAAAAUAUACCUGCAUCAUGUCUAACACCCUUGGAACAGAACGUGGUCACAUUUACCUCAAUGUCAUUUCAUCCCCCAAUUGUGACUCUUCCCAGAGUAGCAUUGGGCAUGAAGACGAUGGCUGGACCACAGUUGGCAUUGUCAUCAUUGUUGUGGUCUGCUGUGUUGUGGGCACCUCUUUGAUCUGGGUCAUUGUUAUUUACCACAUGAGAAGGAAGAAUGAAGACUAUAGUAUCACAAACACAGAGGAGCUUAAUCUGCCUGCAGACAUUCCCAGCUACUUGUCUUCCCAAGGAACACUGUCGGAGCCACAGGAAGGCUACAGUAACUCUGAGGCAGGCAGUCAUCAGCAACUUAUGCCUCCCACCAAUGGAUAUUUACACAAAGGCACUGAUGGUGGCACUGGCACCCGGGUUAUUUGCUCCGAUUGUUACGACAAUGCCAACAUCUACUCCAGGACCCGAGAAUACUGUCCGUACACCUAUAUUGCCGAGGAGGAUGUUCUGGAUCACACGCUGUCCGGCCUCAUGGUCCAGAUGCCCAAAGAAACAUAUUUGGCACAUGCUCCCCAAGAUGCCCCUAUCUUGGAGAGCCUGGUGUCAUCAGCAGACAGAGAGUUGGCCGCCUUUCCCGCCAACCAUGAGAGGAUAAAUGAGAAGAAACUUCCCUCCACACAGAUGAAUAGUGAAACAUUGCAGCGGCCUCUGUGGAGCGCAAGCAAAGAACGAGGCCUGCCUCAUCCUCCCUUUUCCCAGCAGCCGGUAAUUGAGUCACCGCAACUCCAUCAGAGCGAGGGUCUGGCGGAGAGUGGUCCAGACUGUUCCACAUCCUCCAUGCCCUGUCACAGGUUGCACGACCACGCUUUUGACUUUAGUAGGACUCGGAACAUUCAAGACGGUUGUGAGGGCACAUGAAACCCACUCCAGGAUGAAAUCUGGGCAAAGACUCAAGGUAAUUAAUUUUGUAUUUACUACCUCAGAGUUCAGAAGAAACCCCGAAGUCAGCAUUUGCUUUCCCUAUCUGCAGUUACAUCUGACCACACCAAGGUGGGCCGGGCAUUUGUUUGGGCUUAUACCUGAUGAAGAAGGGGUAACGGCUGACAGAAAUGGGUACAUCUAAUAAAACACAUGCAGCAUGGGCAGAGGAAAAUACAGGACAAAUGUGCCUCCUGAUGGUUCCACGGGGAUGUGCCCAGCUGUGCAUUGCCUAUUAGGAAGAGUCUCAUUGCUGCUUAACAUGCUGGAUUGUCUCAACCUGCGGAAUGAUUCUAAGAAAACAUCACUGUUCUGUCUUCCAAGGAAUACAAAUAACUUUGGAGCCCUCUGGGAAGUGUGUCUGGGAUUCUUCAGUGGUUUUAAGCAUAUAGUUGAGACUGGGCUUUGAUAUUCAAGGUCUUUGAUAAGAAUCCCAGGCAUGACCAACUGUUACCAUGUCAGUGGGUGUUGUAUUCUUGUGAAUCUUUUUUUUUUUUUUGUCCCUAUCGCCCAGGGAUCUUAUUGUAAAUACAUGUGCAUUUAUAAAUAAUUUUUGUAUUCAUUGACCAUAUGUGUUGGCUGUAUUGUAAAUAUUUUUGAUAUGCCAAAAUUAUAUAUAAUAUCCAGUUAUAAUAUUGACAGCAGCUUCUCAGACCACAGAUUUUGUAUAACUCGGUUUAGUGAACCUAAAGACUUUGCUUAAAGUUUUAAAAAUGUAUUUGUUAAGAAGUAUAUGUACAGAGGCAGGGUACCUAGUGAUUGCGUACACACAAACACGAUCUUGGUG